GUCAAGCCAAGUUAACGGCUGUAAGUCAAAACGACAAGCGAGCGUUUCGCGCGAAGGCAUUUCUUUCGCUUUAGUAAGCAUUUUUAUUGAACUGAAUUGUUCCAGCGGUGUUAAAUCGAGAAUAUGACGAUGUCAGCAGUCAACCCUUCAAGCUUGCUGCCCUUGGAGCUGAUUGACAAGUGCAUCGGUUCCAAGAUCCACAUAAUCAUGAAAAGUGACAAAGAAAUCGUGGGAACGCUACUCGGCUUUGACGACUUCGUCAAUAUGGUGCUCGAGGAUGUUACGGAAUACGAGAGCACCCCCGAAGGCAGGAGGAUUACAAAACUCGACCAAAUCCUCCUUAAUGGCAACAACAUUACGAUGAUGGUUCCUGGAGGGGACAUGCCAGACUCAUGAACGAGACAGCGUCUGCACUUUCGCUUCACGGUUUGCGUAAAGAAGUCAACCUUUCACUCAUUCCAGCAAUGUACAUAAGAAGUUAUUAAACAUGUCAUCCCCUUGGUUCCAGCAAA